CAGCUUCACAAAGCCACAAUGCAAUUACGACACAAGUCAAAAGAAGAACAUGGAAUGCAAUUAAUAAGUAACUCUACUAGAUCUCUGAGACUGUCUAGAUCCUGAAGCACUUGAGCGAUCACUUGACGCUCCAUCGUUUUCAAAUAUCAAAGCUCCUCUGCUCCUUUUUUCUAAUAUAGAAAUUGGUUAGUAGGGUUUGUUUGUUUGUUUAAUUCCGCUAAAAACUCGAUAGAUCACAUUCAUGCCUUUGGCAUUCCAUUUUCGUCCCUUGGAGUUUCCGUUGGAUCUACUUCUCGAUUGAAAUAUAACGCUCGAAAGGCGCGUCGUAUUUGCGUGGUGUGCCUGGUGAGGGAUUCGGCUUCGAUGGAGACGUGCGAGAGAGAUGAACAUGGAGCUGGAGAUGGGUCUGAGUUCAUCGAGGUCGUUGUCAUCGGUAGUCGCAAGGAGUCUAUCAUCGAUUCCUGCUUGGAUUCUCCUUUUCCUUCUCUUCCUCUCCGAUUUUGGAGUAUUAGCAGGGAGAGCUCUGGAGAUUUAGCCUUACAGCAGAGGCUCAAUCACGAAGAUAAUGUUUCCAAGACCAUGAAUCCAAUUGAGUUGAUACAAUCACGUCCAAGGGCCUUCAUCCUUGUGGUUAGUGCACGAUAUGGUUCCGACCAGGUUGAAGCUAUUAUUAAUAUCCUUAGUGCAGUAAGAUCUGGAGGUAGCUUAGCUGUUGUUGUACUAUUAAAGCCUUUCAGCUUUGAAGGGCGAAGGCGUCUAGAAGAGGUUAACGAAUUGGCUAGAAAUCUGCAGCAACACACUAGCUUCUGUAUAGAUAUCGACAUAGAGAUUUUACUACAGAAGGAUUUGGUUACUUUGGACGAGGCGCUGAGAAAUGCAAACAAUGCUGUUUCAAUGGCUAUAAAUGCAGCCUCUGCUCUGAUAAGUGGGAUGCAUGGAAACUUUAUCGACGUGAUGCAUAAAGAUCUUAAAGAACUUGAAGUUUCAGAAGUUACAACGGAUCUAAGCGCUAUUAUGUGCAUUGUGGCUACUUCGGUAGCUUUUCAGAAGAUGGAUGUGAAAACAAUUUUACGUACUUUUCGUCAAACAAUGCAAUACACUGGAGAUAUCAUAGUAUCUGCUGUUCAUGAACCGGAUCUGGAGCCUAAAGUCCUCGUCACAACUUUUUUUAUUCUAAGGUGGGACUUUAUUAUCUCAUAUGUCAUCACAGUUGUUCAGAAGAGGAAACUUCCAGCAAAGGCAACAUUUUUUUCUGGUCUUUUGCCUUUUGUUUCGAAUAUAUUCAAGAGAUAUCGUUCACAACUCGAAAACGAAACAAAUAUUGGACUUGGAGAUGCGCCAGUUGCAAUGGAAGAUUCAGCAGAUGCUACUGACGUAGAAAGUUCCAGUCAGAGUGUUGAAGGAUUUGAAAGUGACUCUAAAGAACUCCUGGGAGUUUCUGAGGAUGGUGAUAAUGAAUACCCAGUAAAAGAGGGGGAACCAUCUAGAAAUAGUCGUCUGGAUCUUGGAGAUGAUAAUAUAGAAGAUUAUGGUGCUAUCCAGAGGGAGCCAAUUGCUAAUUGGAGUGUGGAUCCAGGAUAUCAGAUUGAACAAAAAAGGCCAGCUGAUUCUGGAGAUACCACAGUGCUUAGCCUUGGUAUUGUCAACCUUCCUGUUGGUGUGAGACCUUCAAAGAAUCUGAACAGUAGUCUCAGUGUCGCCAGUCAACCCUCCAGGACGGUGGAUUCCAGAGAUGAAUCAUUCUUCAACCCUAAUAGCUCGACAAAAGACUCUAGUGAUACUGCAUCCACCCUGCUAUCUGAGAAGUAUGCUGAUUUUACAAAGCAAAAAAAUCUAUCUGCUCGAGCAGCGUCUAUGCUGGUGGUUAGUGCUGGAUAUGGUUCCGACCAGGUUGAAGCUAUUAAUAUUCUUAGUGCAGUAAGAUCUGGAGGUAGCUUCGCUGUUGUUGUGCUAUUAAAGCCUUUCAGCUUUGAAGGGCGAAGGCGUCUAGAAGAGGUUAACGAAUUGGCUAGAAAACUGCAGCAACACACUAGUUUCUGUAUAGAUAUCGACAUAGAGAUUUUACUACAGAAGGAUUUGGUUACUUUGGACGAGGCGCUAAGAAAUGCAAACAAUGCUGUUUCAAUGGCAAUAAAUGCAGCCUCUUCUCUGAUAAGUCGGAUGCAUGGAAACUUUAUCGACGUGAUGCAUAAAGAUCUUGAAGAACUUGAAGGUUCAGAAGUUACAACGAUUCUAGAAAGCUACAAAGAGGCAAAGGUUGGUUUUGGAGUUGGUCACAACCUUAAGACUUCUAUUUUACGAGCUAUAUACGACUGCCCUUUCUUUCGCCCUGGUAUUAAGGAUCUAAGCGCCAUUAUAUGCAUUGUGGCUACUUCGGUAGCUCUUCAGAAGAAGGAUGUGAAAUCAAUUCUACGUACUUUUCGUCAAACAAUGGAGUACACUGGAGAUAUCAUAGUAUCUGCUGUUCAUGAACCGGAUCUGGAGCCUAAAGUCCUCGUCACAACUUUUUUUAUUCUAAGACUUUAUUUCUACGGACCACUAUUAAGCAUUAAUGCAAGUCUCAUAUGUCAUCACAGUUGUUCAGAAGAGGAAACUUCCAGCAAAGGCAACAUUUUUUCUGGUCUUUUGCCUUUUGUUUCGAAUAUAUUUAAGAGAUAUCGUUCACAACUCCAAAACGAAACAAAUAUUGGAGUUGGAGAUGCGCCAGUUGCAUUGGAAGAUUCAGCAGAUGCUACUGACUUAGAAAGGUCCAGUCAGAGUGUUGAAGGAUUUGAAAGUGACUCUGAAGAACUCCUAGGAGUUUCUGAAAAUAGUGAUAGUGAAUACCCAGUAAAAGAGGGGGAACCAUCUAGAAAUAGUCGUCUGGAUCUUGGAGAUGAAAAUAUAGAAGAUUAUGGUGCUAUCCAGAGGGAGCCAAUUGCUAAUUGGAGUGUGGAUCCAGGAUAUCAGAUUGAACAAAAAAGGCCAGCUGAUUCUGGAGAUACCACAGUGCUUAGCCUUGGUAUUGUCAACCUUCCUGUUGGUGUGAGACCUUCAAAGAAUCUGAACAGUAGUCUCAGUGUCGCCAGUCAACCCUCCAGGACGGUGGAUUCCAGAGAUGAAUCAUUCUUCAACCCUAAUAGCUCGACAAAAGACUCUAGUGAUACUGCAUCCACCCUGCUAUCUGAGAAGUAUGCUGAUUUUACAAAGCAAAAAAAUCUAUCUGCUCGAGCAGCGUCUAUGCUGGAAGCUGAACGAGAUUCAUCAAAAAGAUGGAGUCCUAUUCUAGAGAUGCAGUACAGAGGAGGACUGUUCAAGGGAAGAUGCCAAGGAGGCCUUCCCGAAGGAAAGGGUCGAUUGGUACUUGGAGAUGGAAGUAUAUAUGAUGGAAUGUGGCACAACGGUAAAAGAUCUGGUCUCGGAACGUUCUACUUCAAGAAUGGGGACGUGUUCCAAGGCACAUGGAGAGAAGACUUAAUACACGGAAAGGUAAUUAUAGUCUUUUUGACCUUUUGAAUUUGGAUUAGCUUCUUGAGACUACAUUUGCGCACAAACCGCUUAGUAUUAUCAGUGUAUCACCAAGUCCCUAGGACUUUUUCUACUUCCUCAACCUAACGAAAUAAAGAUGGCCACUGUUCUGACAUAAAGAAAUAUCUGUUAACAGACGGACAAAACUUGUAGUGAUUGAAUAUUCACCCAUAUUAUGUUUUUAGUAAGCAUCCCAUUUUAUUGGUUUACAAGAUUAACAAGGAAA